UGAGGCAUGACUCCCAACUGUUGACGCUCUGAGCCACGGAGAGGGAGGACGCUCGCUGCCGCUGACCACUGGGGGGAUGGAGGGGGGCUAGCCGGCUGGACAUUGCCUGUAUUUUUUCUUUUUCAUGUCGCUUUUGGUUUAUUUUCUCCUUCCUGUCUGGCUUGGCAGCUGUUGCUGGAAUAGUGACCAGAUGCUCUUGAUGGGACUGGCUGGCAUGAGAGGGAAAAAGGAGGUGGUUGUUAAAGUGACAGCAGGGUGAAAGAGAGGGGAAUUAAUCUUUUUUCUUUUAUUUGCACCGCUCAUCAGCAUCUCGGCCACUGCGAUGCCUCAGACUGGACACCCCCACCUGCACCACCUGGGCCCUCUGACGCCCACAUGACUGCAGGCCUCCUGCUCGAACCCCCAUAGAGUUGACUUUUGCUGCUCUGGGAAACAUUUGGGACUCCGCCAGGUGCUUUUGACCUGGGACACCUUUAUCCUUGAUGCAUGGAUCCCUACAGGACCAGGGGGAAACGGACGAGGAGGGAGAUGCUCCUCUGGUGGAUCUUACUACUUUUCUCACAGGGAUAUAUAUUUCACAGCGUUCAAGGGGAACUUCCUUUCAUGCCGGGGAACAAUGCGGCUAUGAUGGUCAACUGGAAUGCUGUUGAUGGAAAUAAGAAGUUGAUCGCCAUCUAUGACACCAGCGUCAAUGAGCCGGGCAACAUGUCUUUCGUGAAGGAGACAGUGGAUAAACUCCUGAAGGGAUACGACAUCCGACUGAGACCGGACUUUGGAGGGGCCCCUGUUGCAGUCGGCAUGAGCAUAGACGUGGCCAGCAUAGACAUGGUGUCAGAAGUCAACAUGGACUACACAUUGACCAUGUAUUUCCAGCAGUACUGGAGGGACAAGCGCCUGGCCUACCUAGGAAUCCCCCUCAACCUGACCCUGGACAACAGGGUUGCCGACCAGCUCUGGGUCCCCGACACCUACUUCCUCAACGACAAGAAGUCUUUCGUCCACGGAGUGACCGUCAAAAACCGCAUGAUCCGCCUGCAUCCGGACGGAACCGUCCUCUACGGACUCAGGAUAACAACAACAGCGGCGUGUAUGAUGGAUCUCAGGAGGUAUCCCCUGGACGAGCAGAACUGCACUCUGGAGAUAGAGAGCUAUGGCUACACCACAGAUGACAUCGAGUUCUACUGGAAAGGAGGCGACUCAGCUGUAACGGGGGUGACGCGCAUCGAGCUGCCGCAGUUCUCCAUCGUCGACUACAAACUGGUGUCUAGAAACGUUGUCUUUUCGACAGGUGCCUACCCUCGACUCUCUCUGAGCUUCAAGUUGAAGAGGAACAUCGGCUACUUCAUCUUGCAGACUUACAUGCCAUCAAUCCUGAUUACCAUCCUCUCCUGGGUCUCCUUCUGGAUAAACUAUGACGCAUCGGCCGCCAGAGUGGCUCUGGGGAUCACCACGGUGCUGACCAUGACCACCAUCAACACGCAUUUGAGGGAGACACUACCCAAGAUCCCCUACGUCAAGGCCAUCGACAUGUACCUGAUGGGCUGCUUUGUCAUGGUCUUCCUUGCCCUACUUGAGUAUGCCUUCGUAAACUACAUCUUCUUUGGGAGAGGCCCCCAGAUGCAAAAGAAGCUCGCGGAGAAGGCAGAGAAAGCCAACAAUGAGAAGGCAGCCAAAUAUGACGCAGCAAGGGAGGCAGGUAGUAGGACCGCAUCCCUAAAACGGUCCAAUCAGGUUAAAGGGCUUCGCCACUCACGCUCGGCGGAGGCUCCUGGCCACGGGAACAUCCUGCUGACCACCCUGGAGAUCCACAACGAGGUUGGGGGGGGUGAGAUCACCACCAGCGUGGCAGACAUUAGGAACUCUCAGUCCAUGGUGCAGCUGGACAGCACGGCCUCGUCGCACAUCCAGUACCGCAAGCAGAGCGGCGGCGUCGGGCCCCGCUCCGCCAGCCGCCACUCGCUGGACCGGGCCGCCCAGAUCAAGCGCAGCCGCCUGCGGAGGCGAUCGUCGCAGCUAAAGAUCAAAAUCCCCGACCUGACGGAUGUGAACGCCAUCGACCGCUGGUCACGCAUCAUCUUCCCCUCAGUUUUCUCGCUCUUCAACCUCAUCUACUGGCUUUACUACGUCUGAUCGGACGAGGAGGUUGUUUUUUUUUUCUUCGUUCGUCCGUCGGUGGUUGUUUGACUUUUGUUGUCAUUUCAUUUGUUUGUUCUCCUUUUUUUCUGUUGCUUUUAUACACGAUGAAAGCGGUCGCGUCAAAGACUCCAACGGCGCGAGACGAGAGAAAAAAAACAGACUUUGAAAAGCCUACCAAGGUUGGGACCAAGUUCUCAUCUGAUUUGUUUUUAUAUUCGCAGUCUUUGAACCCUCAGUGCUGAGGUCUUUUUACUUUUGAAAGUAUGUACUGUAAAUGGGACAUGUGAAGGUAAUUUCCCUAAAUUUGCCCUCUCAGUAAUGUGUAAAUAGAUACAAAGCCAGCAGGUGAACAAAUACCGGUACUAUGUGCAAAAAUGAAAAAAAAAAAUACCACAAAAGUAGUUGAAGUGAAGGUUUUUUCCUCCUUUUUUCAAUAGUAAGAACACUUUAUACUACAGAUGUGUGCAGGAAGUAUCUAAAAACCCAAGAAGGUAAACAUCCUAUGCACUAAAAAUGAUCAGUCGUACAGGAUCUACUUUUCCUCGGACAUGGCACAACUUUUUAGAAACAGACAUGUUAAUAAUAGUAUUCUUGCUACUUCACCCAAACCUGAUUCUUUAAAGCUGAGGAUCUUCCUCUUUGUUCAGGAUGAUUAUGACUCAGGUUCUGAAAUGUUUUUUCUGGCAUCGUUUUCUUCAGGACGGAAAGGAGAGAAAUUAAAAUAAGCACAAUGUAUAAGACACACAAAAAAAACUGCCAUCUUCCCCCCCCAACAGUUUUUCACUUGAUUAUAAAACUUCCUCUAAAAACUGUCUUAUUUUUCAUUUCAAAUAACUGCCAAGGGCCUUUUGGGCAACAAUGUUAUUACUUCACCCAUGAAAUGUUCUGAUAUUUUUGUACUCCGUGUGUUCAUUUCCUAAUUUGUUCUUUUUUUCUUGCUUUUUUUUGUCUUUCAUCUCAGCACCGAUUCUUUUAUGGUGAUAGCAUGAAGGAACAAAUCUAAUUCUUUUGUACAUAAUUGUAUAAUUAUAUACAUAUACAUGUAUAUAUAUAUACAUAUAUAUACUGUGUGCACAACCCAAAAAUGAUCUUUUUGUGAUUGUCAUGCUGGUUAAUUGUCAGAUAAUUUAGUGAAAAAUAACAAUGCUCAAUUUAGCUAUCAGGUCCGAAACGCUUGUGAGAAUCUGAAUACAUUCCGACUAAAACAGAUGAAGAUGUGGAAGUUCCACUCCAGUCUCUGUACCGCUGAGCUCUGCGCUCCAACAGCCUCUGUACGCCCGGCCAUACAGCAGCAAAGUGAUGCAAAUGGAUUUCACGGAGUCCGAAGAUGGACCCCGAUAACCAGUCUGUGGAGUAAUUAUAAGCACAUACUAGCAUUGAAUGUAUCAGAUCCAUUCUUCAGGGAGAGGAUAAUGAGCCAUGGUCGUCAUUUCUCCAUUAGAAUGUAACACACCCACUCAUACGUUGCAAAUGAUGAGAAGAAAUGGAUGGAUUGAGAGGGAAGUGAUGGUGCUUUAACCAAUGUGUGCAUGUGCAUGUGUCAUUAGAAAUGGAUACAGAGAUUUCGAGAUUGGAAAGCAUCAGUUUACAGUUUAUUUUCUCAACUGCUUGCUCGACUAUGAACAAACGUACGGUUGUUAUGUGGAUAAAAAUAGGUCUCCUAUCCAACUCUUUUAGCAAUCUGUGCAAUUCCACCUGACGGCGCAGAGCAGACAGCUCGGGCACCUUUAUUCAAAGCAUCGACACACCAAAUAAAACUAUUUGUGCAUGCACGAGAAUACACGAAGAGGAAAAAUAAAAUGCUACUCAGCAUCAGUGGGAAGGGAUUGAUGAACAAUUGUAAGGCGCAGAGUGAUAUAUAGUAACAAACUGAAUGUAUUGUAGUGGAAAUGUUGCAGCACAAAUGCAGUUUGCUUUCAGGGAACAGAAACAAACUAGACACUGAUUAAAACGGGACUCCUUUUGAUAUCAGACCCGAUACUGCCCCCGUUGCUCGUAGUUCUGGUUCUAAGCUCGGCUAAACGGGGAAGGGAUGGAAAACCUAUGCAAAAAUUGAUACGUGGAUCACCAAAAUCCACUUUUGUGACCACUACAAAGGCCCC